UUUUCGAUCAUCAGUCGCGCGCUCACUCUUCGCACCGCAGCACACCGGAACGCGCGCACACCCAAAAACACGCAACAUGCUCAGCAAGGUGCUGGCCAUGUCGUGCCCCCGCGGGGGCUGCACGGCCCCUGGCCAACGCAUCCUACCCAGACGGAUGCAGGCGACCGUCUCUCACACGGCAGCGAUCAGGGAGGCGAGCGAGCGCGAGGAGGUGGUGCGUGAGGCGCCGUCGCCACGCGGCCUGCCCUUGGUGGGCACCACCCUUUCGCUGUGGCUGCGAGGGUCGGCCGCCCAGCUGCACAGGUACGUCGACCUGCGGCACGCGCAACUCGGUCCUGUGUACCGCGAGGCCAUCGGACCUGUGGACGCCUACUUCGUGGCCGACCCAUUGGAGAUGCGCCGCGUCUUCCAGCUCGAGGGCAAACACCCCCGCAACCUGUUGCCGGACGCUUGGAUCCUCUACAACCAGCUGUACGGAUGCAAACGAGGACUGCUCUUUAUGGACGGCGAAGAAUGGCUGCACUUUCGUCGCAUCAUGAACUCCAUAAUGCUGAAGGACGCCGACACUGGGAUGGAGCAGCCGUGUCGCCAAGUGGCUGCCGACUUGGUUGCCGAGUGGAGCCAACACGCGCACCAACAAGUGCCGCGCCUCGAACAGGCGCUCUACCAGUGGUCAACAGAAGUGCUAGUGGCCAAUUUGGUCGGGGGAGAUAAAUUCGCGGAGCAUUCCAGCGCCAUCAGGAGGUUGCCGGGAUUGCGGGGACUCAGCGAGCAAGUGCGGCAAGUGUUCUGCGAAUCGUCAAAACUGUCCCUCCUACCUGCCAGGGUCGCCAGGGCAAUCAGGUUGCCCGCAUGGGCGAGGUUUGAGAGGGCUGUUGACCACGCUGUUCAUGGAGCUUCAUCUUUGGUGCUCGAUUUGCUGCCGUUUUCGCGCGGCGGCGACGGCAUGUUGGAGCGCAUGUUGGCGGCCGGAGUGGAAUUGAGCGACACCGUCCGCAUCGUCGCCGACCUGAUCCUGGCCGCAGGGGACACAAGUGCUGUGACGAUGCAGUGGGUGCUGUAUUUGCUGGCCAAGAACCCUGACGCGCAGGAACGGGCCGCGCAAGACCCGCAAAUUUUGCGCGGCGUGGUCAAGGAGGCGAUGCGACUCUACCCUGUGGCGCCUUUCCUCACCCGCAUCCUCCCUGAUGAGAGCAGACUCGCCGGCUACACCAUCCCUGGUGGCAGUUUGGUUCUUUUAUCAUUGUACACAAGUGGACGCAGCGCCGCAAACUUCCCCGACCCUUCGCGCUUUUGGCCUGAGCGGUGGUCUCGCGAAAAUUCAUCGGGAGGUCUCCUCGGGGUCAAUCACGCCUCCGCAUCCAUCCCCUUUGGUCUCGGCGCCCGCUCCUGCAUUGGACGCAAACUUGCAGACAUUCAACUCACCCAACUUAUUUCACAAUUAUUGGCCGGAUUUAGGAUUGAAUUGGUGGAACCAGAAAAAGAGGUGGACAUGGUUUUGAGGCUGGUCAGUGUGCCCAAUCACCCACUCAAAUUGAAGUUGGUGCCCAGAAAGUGAACUGAGCAAUUUUUUAUGGUCACACAACCCGGUGCAAAAAUACGCAAAAAUGUUCUUUAGAGUACAAAAACGAGUCACUUUUCCAAAUCUCGUCGUCAACUUAAUUUUUGUUAUGUGUACAUGUUGUAUUAUUUUUAGAAAGGAAACCUAUUAUAUAUACGUAUUAUGUAUGGAAUUAUUAAAAUUUAAAAUAUAAAUUUUAAAACAAGAA